AUGGGUGCCAGCCAGGCGCUGGACCACCCGGAGGCGCAGAGGAACCAGGGCCGGAUCUUCCUCUCGGGAGAGGAUGUGCAGGAAGACCUGCCGGGCGUGGGGGCGGCGGUCACCUUCUUCCUGUACCAAGAUCCCAACGGCCUGGGCGCCAUGAACGUGAGACCAGACACCACGGCGGCGCCCAAGGGCCAGUAUCGACCUCAAGGCCGGCCGACUGGCAAAGCGGCGCCUGCGCCGGCGCACCAUGUGCCGGUGGGGCCCUACCGGGGCGGCUACGCGCCCGGUGGCCCGAGUUGA